AUGCCUCGCUCAUCUUCCCGUCGCUCGGCGCCUGCUCCUCAGCGCAGACAGGCCUCGACCCACGCCGCCCCGCCUGCCGUGCACCAGGCUCCUCCUCCUCCUGCCCCUCACUACCCGCCUCCCCAGCAGCCCUCGCUCUUCGGCCAGAUGGCUUCCACCGCUGCCGGUGUCGCUGUCGGAUCUGCCGCCGGCCACGCCAUCACCGGUGCGCUCGGCGGAAUCUUUGGCGGCGGCUCGUCGUCCGCCCCCGCCGAGUCUCCCGCUGCGCCGGUCCCCGCGCAGCAGCAGUACGCCAGCCAGUCGACCUACGACCAGCAGAACGGCGCGCGCUCGUGCGAGGUUGACGCGCGUAACUUCACAAAGUGCCUGGACGAGAACCAGGGAAAUAUGCAGAUCUGCGAGUGGUACUUGCAGCAGCUGAAGGCGUGCCAGGAGUUUAGCAAGGGGCUGUAA